UACUGUACCCAACAUGGCGGAUGGUUUGCGUGGGGCUGAGCUCCUUUUAAGUGAGCUCGAAAAAGCAAAGGAAAGCUUAAAAGGAGUCGAUGAAAAUAUAAAGAAACUAACAGGACGGGAUCCAACGUUGCAAUGGACAUCACCACCGCAGAGACGUGUGUCAGUUGGAGCAGUGGAACAGGGGGUUGGCAACUCAAGGGCGGCUGAGAGUCGUAUCUUCAGUCUGGCCAGACGAGGAAUAGUGCAGGCUGAUCCAGGACCCAGACCCAGAAGAGGAGGAGGAGCAUUCUCAAGGUUGGGUCCCAGACCUGGAGGCCGCGGAAACCGACUGCAGCAACAUGACAGCGGGGAUGAGGAGGACACCAGAGGCAGGCCCGCUCUUCAGUCGUCAGUAGUUGCCACCCCUGUAAGGGAAGAAAGGAGUCGUAAAAUGUCCAUUGAGGAACAGAACACAGACAGGAAAGGUCAAGCCAGGAACCGUAGGAUGUUUGGGCUCUUGCUUGGUACACUGCAGAAAUUCAAGGAUGAAUCCAAAGAGAGCAAAGAAAAGGAAGAGCAGCGUAUAAAGAUUGAAAAGAAACUUGAAGACAAAUUCCGCCAAGAAAAAGAGGAAAUCCUUAAGGAGAGGAGAGACCUAUUUCUGGAACGACGUCGAAAACAAAUUCGCAUAAAAUUGAUCGAACAGAAAAUGGAAAUGGUUCAGAAUCAUGAGUCCUGGGAGAGAGAAACCAAGAAGUUGCAGAACUUCAUCCUGACCAAGGCCAAGCCAUGUCUGUUCUACAUGCCCAAGAUGCUGACAGAGGACUCUGAGACCAAGCUGCAGGACACCAAGCUAGCCGUGGAUGCUAUGAUUGAAAAUCGCCGUAAAAAGCUGGAUGAAGAAAUCAACGACUUGAUGAAUCGCAUCCAGGAUAAUGAGGAAGGAGGAAAUGAUGAUAACGAGGAGGAGGAGGAAGAGCAUGAGGAGGGAGAGAAUGAAGAUGAUGAAAAUCAUCCAAGUAGGGGUGAGGAAAAAAUGGGAGACAGCGAGGGUGAAGAGAGGAAGGAAAGAAAUCGCGAUUCAAACAGGGAGGAGAAAGAAAAUAAUGAAAGCUUUCAAGAUGACGAUAAAGAGGAAAUGGAAAUGAAUGAGAGAGAGUUGAGGGACAAGGAAAGAGAACAGAGAGAUAGGGAUAGGAGAAUGAGAGAACAAGCAGAGAGGGAAAGGGCUCAUAAAAGAGCCCCGUCUGAAACUAAAGAGGGAAGUCCUAGUAAAAGCAGUGAGCCCAAAGUUAGGAGCAAGAGUGGGGAGCAAAGGGUUAGAUCCCAUCAAGAUAGAAAAAGGUCACGUUCACACUCACGGGGGCGUAGGUCAAAAAGUAGGGAAAAGCAUAGGUCAGGUAGUAGAGAUAGGCAUAGGUCAGGGAAGAGAGAAAAAAGGGAUUCACAUCAUAGUGGUGAGAAAUCUAAAUCCAGAAGGUCUAAAGGGGAGGGUAAGGCAGAGAAAUCUUCCAAGGUUUGGGAACCAAUGGAAGAUGAGGAGGAGGAGGAAUUUGUGGGCUCUAAGCCGGACACUGUUACUGAAAGUGGCAAUAUUCAGAGCAGAAUGUUACAAAUGGCAGGUCUUGCUGAUGCGUAUCAGAGUGUUAGCAAGAAGGGGGCAGACCGGCGAGAGGCUGGAGAGGGGAGAGAUUGGAUGGACUCGGUGUAUGGGCAGAGAGUUGAGAGAAAGGCAGGGGACAAUCAGAGGUCCGAAGGUGAGGAGCAAAAUGAAUAUAGCCAAGAUAACACAGAGUCUGGCCCGGAGAAUGAUGCUAGCUCAUAGGAAAACUGUAGAUACUAAAUGUGGAGAUGUAUGUUUUUAAUGCCUCGUUGCUCAUUUAUUUUUUUAACAUAAAUGAUUUUGGAGUAUGCAUCUAAAAAUAAAUCCUUAGCUUAUUUACAUAGUAUUAAGCUAUUAAAGUACACACGACUACAUGUAUUUAUAAACCAAUGUUUUUAGGAAUAAAAUUUAUGUUAACAUA